GACAGACUGACAGAUUCAACGUGAGAGGGGAAGAGACGUGCGCGCGAGAGUGCCCCAGUUUCGGUGCGGUCACAUGUGGACGUCGAGCGGUGUAGCGCCGCGGGGAAAAAAGAACAACGGUGCUAAAGUUCGCUCCCUGUCGUUCGGCAGGCGUCUUCUUCGUUCGAGGAUACGCGGCGAUAUCUCAGUCGAGUGUGACAAACUCGUGUACAUUUUAUUUUGUGUGUGAAUAAUUCGUUUCGUGCUGAGAAUCAACGUCAAUCAGAGGUAUGAAAUUGUCGAGCGUCGUGAUUAGUGUCGGCGUCGGUAUGAAGUUGGCCACGCGCGACCGAUGACGAUUGGUCAGUUCGGCGGGCACGAGCAGCUCCGAAUUCAAACGAGACGCGUGCCUCACUUCCACUCGGUAGCUCCGUUACGUCGCGAACCGCUACGCUGAUCGUCCCAAUGGCGAUGUGCCGAUGUGUGUUUUCGCGCGUGUUUAUGUUUACGUGACCGCGUGAAGAGUUUUCCCGUGCGCCCGCGGAAUCGUGCGUUUUCCAACGGUGUGCACAGUGCAAAGUGGAUGCGCUCCUCGGUGACAUUUAUUAUUCGACGAGGAGAUUCAAGAAUCCGCGACGACAAGCCUCUGGCGAACGCUUCGAUGCGAUUUUAUCGACGCGUUCAUUCUCGCUUUCAUUAGCUUCCGCGCAAUUAAUUUGUCACAUCGCUGCUGAGUGUGCAAAAAACCGGGACGCGAUUGACAGGCGAGAAAUUUGAAGCAGUUCUUGUAGUCGGAGAAGUCACUUGGAACACGAGAUCGAUCGAACAUGCUACGUACGGUCGAACAUCGCCGGUUUGCUGGAAUGACAGUGCUGCCACAUCGGCGCGAAUGCGAAGUGUGACGUCCAUCGGAUUACGCGCGAUGGAACGAUUGUUUUAAGGAAGAGCGUGACAGUGCAAGCACGAGGAAUCGUGCGUUACAUACACAUCGUCGCCGUCGCCGCGAGAGAAGGAAGAAAGCGUACGAGAAUAAUGGUGGAUCUAAGUGCUAACGGAAUGGAUACGUCAAGAAAUCGAGUUAGAAGAAUGGUCGGGCUGUUUUGGUUUGCUUUCUUUUUCGCAGAAGCCAUGGCCGCGGGUACUCUGGAGAAACUGCACGAAGAACACGUGCGGGAAUUCAGCUGCGGAAUGCUGUACUACAGGACGCUCUACUUGGACAGUAAGAGGGACGCUCUAUACGUCGGUGCUAUGGACAAGAUCUUCAGGCUAAAUCUCAGCAACAUCAGUCAUUCCAACUGCGAGAGAGACGCCCUGAAUCUGGAACCCAGCAAUGUGGCAAAUUGUGUGUCCAAAGGCAAAUCGGAGCAUUUUGACUGCCGAAAUCACAUAAGAGUGAUCCAGCCGAUGGGCGACGGCAAUCGGCUUUACAUGUGCGGCACGAACGCGCACUCGCCUAAGGACUGGGUGAUUUAUAGCAAUCUGACUCACUUACCGCGUCACGAGUUCGUACCGGGGGUGGGAAUGGGCAUCGCAAAGUGCCCUUACGACCCUGCGGACAAUUCGACGGCGGUCUGGGUCGAGAAGGGCAAUCCUGGGGACUUGCCAGCUCUUUAUUCCGGCACCAACGCCGAGUUCACCAAAGCCGAUACCGUAAUCUUUCGCACGGAUCUCUACAAUUUGACUACCGGCCGUAAGGCGUUCAGUUUCAAGAGGACGCUCAAGUAUGAUUCCAAGUGGCUUGACAAACCAAAUUUUGUCGGAUCGUAUGAUAUCGGCAGCCACGUGUUCUUCUUUUUCCGCGAGACCGCGGUCGAAUAUAUAAACUGCGGUAAAAGUGUGUAUUCCCGCGUGGCGCGAGUUUGCAAAAGAGACACCGGCGGUAAAAACAUACUCGCGCAAAAUUGGGCCACGUACCUCAAGGCCAGAUUGAAUUGCUCGAUACCCGGCGAGUUUCCAUUUUACUUCAACGAAAUACAGAGCAUUUACAAGGUGCCUGGUGACGACACACAUUUUUACGGUACCUUCACCACGUCGACGAACGGACUAAUGGGUUCCGCGAUAUGUUCCUUCCACAUUGACGCCAUUCAAGAGGCUUUUCGUGGCAAGUUCAAAGAGCAAGCGACCAGCAGUAGCGCGUGGCUACCGGUCUUGUCCAACAAGGUGCCAGAACCGCGACCGGGCCAGUGUGUCAACGACACGGAGUCGUUGCCGGACACCGUUCUGAAUUUCAUAAGAUCCCAUCCGCUAAUGGACUCCGCGAUCUCGCACGAGAACGAGAAGCCAGUUUUCUACAAGCGAGACGUUAUGUUCACGCGAUUGGUCGUCGAUAAAUUGCGCAUCGACUUUGUGGGAACCGAUCUCGAGUACACGGUUUACUACGCCGGCUCCAGUGACGGUCGAGUUCACAAGGUUGUACAGUGGGUCGACAGUAACGACGAAUCCCAGUCCCGGUCGAUUCUGCUGGACGUUUUUGACGUCACGCCGGGCGAACCGAUACAAGCGAUGGAGAUCUCAAAGGAGCACAAGGCUCUCUACGUGGCGUCGGAUCAUCGGAUAAAGCAGAUCGAUCUGGUGAUGUGCACUCGGCGUUACGACAACUGCCUGCGAUGUGUUCACGAUCCGUACUGCGGAUGGGACAAGGACACGAACACGUGCAAACCUUACGAACCUGGGCUUCUCCAGGACGUGUCGAACAGCACGGCGGACGUUUGCGACAGCAGCGUCGGCAAGCGCAAGCUCGUCGUAACGUGGGGACAGUCGGUCCACUUGGGAUGCUUCGUGAAGAUGCCGGAAGUGCUGGCGAACCAGGAGGUACGGUGGUAUCAUUACAGCAAGGAGAAGGGCAAGUAUCAAAUCGCGUACAAAUACGGCGCUGGCGGGGACAAAUUUAUCGAGACCUCGGAGAAAGGUCUCGUGAUUGUCGGCGUGAACGAGCAGGACGCCGGUAGAUACGACUGCUGGCUCGGCGGCGCUUUACUGUGCUCGUACAACAUCACCGUGGACGCGCACAGAUGUUCCGCCCCCGCCAAAUCCAACGACUACCAGAAGAUUUAUUCGGACUGGUGUCACGAAUUCGAGAAGUACAAGUCGGCGAUGAAGAGUUGGGAAAGAAAGCAAGCGCAAUGCGCCUCGAGGCAGAACGACAGCAAUCAGAACAUACACACGAACGAGGUGUACGGCACGCCCCUCGUCUGAUGGAGUCGAUCGUUGGGUCCCACGUCGAGCCGAGAUCACGAUGACACGAUGAUACGAAUUAGCGUCCCGCCGAGGAAUCGCGGCUGGACCACGACCGGCUGGAUCGGCCUGACCUUCCUGUUGGCCGGUCACGUCGCCGCGCUCGGCCCGCUCGUCACUCGAGGACUGUCAAACGACUGAGACGCAAUUACCGCGAAUCGGUGAACUUGAAACCAAGUGCGAAGGGACGUACACGCGUGAUCGAUCGUGUAUACAGUUAUAUAUAUAUACAUAUAUAUAUAUAUAUAUAUAUAUAUAUUUUAGUGCCACUGUGCCCGAGACCCUCUCUCGUCGCACUGCCGAUCGCGAAACGGCCAUCUCGUUUAUUACACGAGCGAUCGGUGACCCGCGAGGUAUUUCAGUUUCGUUCUCGUUCGUGCAUUUCACUUUCCGUUUACGUACAUAGGAUUUUUUACUACUCGCCUCGCUGUAAAUAGAUGUGUCGCGUACGAGCCGCGAAAAAGAGAAUCCAAACGCGCGGAGUGUUCUCGGUGAUGACGUAAUAUCGCGAAUGUGAUGGAACAAUCUCCGGCUCGUAAUAUCCGCAAAGCAGUGACAUUCCUCGGAAAUAAACGAACAAUGUUUCUUGGAUAUUUAAUUAAUUUGCGGAACGAGUUGCGGGGGAGAGUUUUAACCGUGUACAUACGAUAUCAGAACGUAGCCUCGUUUGCGGCAGACAAUGCAAUGUUGAUCACGAUAUCAACGUAAUGAGAUAUCGAUUAUCAAUACGACGCCGAGAUUAAGCGGUUCGUCGAGGAGAGAAGGGCGCGUUCUUCUGCAGUUUUUUUCGCAUCUGUGAUAGGAGCGACCGAAGAGCGAAAUCGAGGCGGAGUUUUCCCGACGACGGCGACGAGGGAGCGCUAAUAGAAGAGGAGAACAACCGCAAAACGCUGAGAGGAGUCGGUAUAUAAGCGUUGGUCGAGGAAAGGAAGGUAAAAUGUCGCGUCACAAAGGAAAAAAAACGCAAAAAGACAAAAAAAACAAAAAAACAAAAACCGAAAACGUGGCCAACCGACGGCGCGUUUACGACGUCACGCAGGUUACAUAUGAGAUUAUUAUCGGCUUAGAGAGACCUUCGUGCGAGCCGCGCUGCACUCGCGCGACACUGGUUAGCUUUCCAUAUCACGUUCGCCACUUUUGCCGCGCGCACACGCCUAUUUUCUACUUGCACAUCUACCCACUCCGGGCCUCCUUCACACAAACACACCACUUCGCCACAUCGCGUUUCCUUCAUUUUUCCUUCAUAUAUCGCAUCUCGACGAUCGCGCGAGCCACCACCUCCCUCCCCCCCCGCCUGUUAUCUUUUGUUUGCGGGGAGAACCUUCGUGCCGUUCCGAUCAUCGCGCCAUUAUUCUUCGCAUACCUAUCUGGAGACACGGCGCGGAACGACCGCGCGAUGACGACGCGGUUUUCGUCCUCGCGCGCGCGCGCGCGUAUACAUUGUAUCGGCAAAAAAUCGCGUCGUACACUCGCGUGUCGCGAGAAACUAUCGUCGUCGUCGUCGUCGUUGUUGUCGCGUUCCAGUUCGCGAAAAAUCACCUCGAGAGCGCGCACACGCCGGGCGUCGAGGGCAUCGUCGAGAAUUCUCCUGCAACCAAGGUGCUACACGGAUCUAUUUCCCCCGGAUGAAAGCUGGAUAAAAAGACUCGUAGUCUUGAGACUCGCGUAUACACACAUCCCUUUCAGCGUAUCCCCCGUCUCCUUUCAUCUGAUUCUUUCCUCAAACUGUAGGCAGCGUCAUUAGAUUACACGCGGACGAGCGUGAAAGUAUCGAGAGCGGAUGAGAUUUAAUUAUCGUGAAAACGAUAUAAGAAGCAGGUCAUUCCCAAUGGGAGCGAAAAUAUACACGCGAAAAGCCAAGUUUUUUUUUUGCGUUAGUUACUAAAACAAGUUUUUUUUCGUGUAGAAUCCUAAUAAAUAAAAACAGAAAUACAUCCGAAUUUUUGAUGCAGUUGUCCGCGGUUUUGAUACUUUUUCUCUCGCGCGAUUACAACUAAGUAAAUACGAACGCGCGUGUGAAAUACAAGAAGAUCUUUGGACACUUAUCCCUAGACAUGUGUAAUCUUCAAAAAACGCAUAAAAACGUUCUGCUUCUACGUGUAGACAGCAGAGAACAACUUAUUGGGCCUAUACACUGAUAUAUAUAUAUGUAUAUAUAUAUACACACCCACACAUAUAUAUAUAUACAUAUAUAUA